AUUGUAGAGGUUGUCCCUCGGUCAUCCCAGGACUCUCUUACUCUUUCCCACUGGUGCGUCGAGGCGUGCCAGUGUGUUCAUGUGAUGCAGGAAGGAUGUGUCCUAAAAGAGUUUGCAUCGAGCCAAACUGCAUCACUUCUGAGUCUGACACCGCUCAGCACUCGGAUAUUCCCCCUUUCGUUUUGCAGUUACAUCGGGUGAAAGGGAAGAAACCGAAGAGAACGAGAGAAGGAUUGUGAAAUGGGAGCUACGGCAUCAUCCGCGCAACGGGACAGCAGAUGUGAGGAGGACGCAGCGGCGGAGGAGCUCACUGCAGCGGCGAGCGAUGCUCAGGAUGACGGCAGUGCUGAUGACAAGUUAUUACAGAAAAACGGGCAGAUCUCCAGUUUGAAUGUAAAGACAAGAAACCAUGCAGAUGAAUUAAAUGGCAACUUUGAGGAGAAAGUACUUGCAGAUGUUGGCUCAGGGUUUGUUACUCUGAAAGAAGAUGGCACAGAAACAAUUGAAGACCUCCAGGAAAUGGAUGCUCUUCAACCAGUCACGAAGAUUGAGAGCACAGAGAUGGUUAAUGCAGAUAGUGUGACUGUGAAGGAGGAAACUGUGGAGGACAACCAAGUGAAUGAUAUCAAUAAAGUUGGCUUCAAACAAAUCUUCAGAUUUGUUGGAUUUAAGUUUACCCUAAAAAAAGACACAUGUGAAAAGACUGAAUCAGAUGAAGAAGAAGAAAAAAUGACAAGUCCCUCAGAGGACUCCAGUGACACCCAGGAGAACAGUGCAGUGGCAGCAAAUGAAAACACACCUGAUGAGACUCGAAAAAGUGAGGUGUCUUCCCAGCCUGAUGCAGCUGAACCCUCUCAACAAACAGACAAUGAAAAAGAGCUGGAUCAGGACAUAAAGAUAGUGGAACAUCAUGUGGAGGACACACCUGAGAAAGAACUGGAAAAAGAAGGAAGUCCUGAGCCAGAGGCACCGAUGUCACCAAUGAAGCAAUUCUUUACACAAGUACUUUUUGCCAGUUUAAGAAAGAAAAAGGAAGAAGAGGAAAUGCAAACCCCAGCUAUUAUUCCUCUGUCUGAGUAUGAAAUAAUUGAGCCUGAAAGUCUGAAGGAGGUGCAUGAGCAACGAGUUGAAAUCACAAUAGAACAUGAGAUGCCAGAGAUGACUUCACAAGUGUUAGAACAGGACACAUCUAAUAACUUGGUGCCCAAAAUUGCAGCUAAAGUUCCAAUUAACACUGGACCAACAGUCAUACAUGGAUUAUCAGAAGACUUUGAAGAAUUUACAGACUUUGUGAGCAAACAUCAGCAACUGAGUGAUAUUCCAGAAGAAGGCAUCAAUGAGGAAAGCAUUGAAACACCAGUAUCAUCUGCUGAGUGGACAACACAGGAUGACACCUUAGCUGAGGACAUUGUGGAGUUGACAGCAGAUGCGGUCACUGCCCCAGAACUAUCAAGUGAACAAUUUAUUGGGGAUGACACUACUGAAAUGGUCUCGGCAGUCUCGCAACUAACCGAUUCACCCAGGUCAUCUGGGCAUGUUACACCAGUGUCAGCUGAAUAUGGCAUACAAACAUCAGAUGUGAUCCUACAGGAAGCUAUUCAAUCUAUCUGCAUGACUCCAAGUGUUCAGUCAGUUACUACAAAAGAUGAAAGCCAAGAAUCUCUGGCCUUGUCAUUUUCACCUUAUAUUGUACAGUCCUCCACAACAGAGGAAACAAAGGUUUUGGUUGCACAUAAGAAAACUGAGGCAACAGCAAUAUGUACAGGCCUAGAAUCUCAAGAAAUAGAAUCUGUUGAUGAACAUCUUCCUGCACCCUUAGUGGAGGUAAUACCUGAAGUAAGUGAUGCUGUCCCAACUGAAUUAGUCUCUGAUAACUUUACAAAUGAAACUGAAAUUGCAGGACUUUGGACAGAUGAGGUCUAUGAGGCUGAAAUGAAGGAACUAAAGACUGAGUAUCAGGAAGUAAUUGUAAGUGAAAAGGAAUCUGCCACUGAAACUGAGCUAAGUGUAGAGCAAGUUAUUCAAUUAGUGGCAGAGCCUCUUGUGGGAGAAUCAGAGGAGACUGAUAUGGAGGAACAGAGAGAGGAAUGUACAACUGGUAUUGAACUCAGACAGGUGAUUGAGACAAUGCAAAGUGAAGCUGGGCUGGAACAGGUUAUGUCAGACUACACCCAUGGUCCUGAAACAGAGUGUCCACUGCAUUCAGUGUUAGAGGAACCUGUAUAUAAACAACCAGUAGCUGCUGAACCUGAAAAAGAGCUCACGCUUUCAGAUGUUGAAUUGUACGUUGCUGAGUAUGAUCAACCUGCAUCCACUGAAGUAGCUGAGUCUUUGACACAUGGUGAUAUAGACAGCAGUCCUGGCACUACCACAAAUAAAGAAGUCAAAGAAAUAGAAAUUAAUGCUUCUGCUGUGGAGUGUCUGGAAAUCACAGAGACUGAUAGUAUUAUAAGUCCAAUUUCAGAUCACAUACAGGCAGAGAAACUGGAAUUAGAAGGGAGUUUAAAAUUAGAAGCAGUUGAAUCAAUACAUGUUGAUGCCUGUGAAAUACAAGUUGACGUAAAAGAUGCAGUCUUAUUAGCAGGUGAUUCAGCGGUGACUGUGGAGAACAUCAGUGGGAAAAUGGAAGAAAAAGAUUAUGAAAAAAUGGCACAGCAGGACAUUAAGGAAAUACAUGUAGAAGAAGAGACAGGGGAUGUUAUUGCUUCAGAAGUCGUUAAAAAUAUUGAGGUUGAAAAUAUUUCAGAAGCUGGAGAUAAAUCAUUAGCCAGAGAACAGCUGCCAGCCAAGGAGGUGUCUCUUCCAGAACCAGUAUUAGUUGAAGAGGCUGAAGAGCUCCAUAAAGAAGACAUUAAAAUACAUUUGGAUGAUAAAGUGGAAGACAGUGCAACUGACAGAACGGAUGGGAUUUUUGUGAAAGAGGAAGAGGAACAUGCAGUGAAGGAAGGGCGACCUCUGACAAACACUGACAGCAAUGAAACUCCAACUGAUAAACCUCCUGAAAUAAUUGUUGAUGCAGGAAGUGAAAUUGGAGACAUGGUUUAUAAAAUAAGAGAACACACAGUUGUUUCUGCACUUUCAAAAGAUGUAUCUGAGCACACAGAAACACCAGAAGAGCCUGAUGCUAGUUCUGAAGUCAUACUAAAACCUCUAGAGAUAGUAUUGCCAAAAGUUGAAGCAAAACCUGUAGCAACAGAAAUUGUGGUUUCUCAAACAGAAGACUGGGGUCAAGACACCAAACCAAGUCCAGAACUUCCCAAAGAGAAUGCACAACCAGUGCCAACGGAGAAUAUUAAGACUGGUAAAGUUUUAGAGAUGGUUGCCAUUAUUGAGAACACAACAAAACAAUCUGGGAAAGAGAAGCCUAUGGUGUCUGAACCAGUAACACAGGUACUUGCAAAAUCUAAGCUACAAAAAGCAACAGAACAAGAGGGUGAAGCAAUAGGUGGUGACCAGGCCCCAGCAAUGACAUCGUCAGAAAUGAAAGAAACAGCAGUUCCAGAAGAAAAAGAUACAAUGGCUGUUGCUCCCAAACCAGAACCAGAAGGGUUUGAUUCAGGGCCGGCUAUGAUUGAAGUGCCUACAAUCACAGAGCUGGCACAAAAUUAUACUGCUGCAGAAAUAGAGGUUAGUAAUAUGAGUGAAAAGAAGAAUGAAGAAGAUGAAAAUGCUAGUCUAAAAUGUGAACCUCAUGAACAGGUAACAGAAAUUAUACUCUCAAAUGAGUUGCAGGUAGACAAGACAGAAAUUAAAGAUGAAAUAACCGCAGUAAUGGAAAUAACACCCACUGCACAAGAAUCACAACUGACCUUUGAAGUUACAGCAAAAAUGCCAGAAGUUGCUGUUUCUGAGAUACAGUCACAAGUAGUGAGUGAACUCAGGGCUGAGACACUUGAAGUGACAGAACCAAAGGUAGAAAUUCCAGUGGCAUCAGAAGUGAAAGUAGAGACAGCUGUAGUAACUGAACUGGAAGUGGAGACACCAGUUGUCACCUCAGUGGUUAAAGAACUUGAAGUAGAAACACCAGUGGUUACAUCUAUGGCAAAAACAACUGAUACUCAUAAUUCUGCUCUUACAUCACAAAAUCAAAACAUAGACUCUGACACAACAGUGUUAACAACAGUGAUCAAAGAACAAGUGAUGGAGAUUCCCACUGUUAUUUCUGUGGUAGUGACACCAGCUACACCUUUAGAUGAAGUAACGCCAAUUGUAACUCUAGGCAACGAGUCAAAAGAUGUAUCUCCUGUAAAAGACACACCUGUCGAAACACCAAAUGUCGAAUCAGUGAUUGUGAGGACUGCUGUGGCCCCAGUAGUAGAGAUACAUAAUGUGAUUCCAGUGGUAGCAACACCAGAUAUUGGUUCAGUAAUAGUAACAGAAGCUGCAUCUCCAGUGGUAAGUACAGGAACAGUGACUACUACACUAGCAGAAGCACCAGUUGUGAGCACAGUUGUAGAAACACCUGUUUUUUCUGUCACAGCAGUAAAAUCAACUCCAGCUGCAGUAGAGAAAACAGUUGUGUCCCCUGUAGUAGAGAUCCCAGCCACAGUAACAUCUGUUGUGGAGACUCCAGCUGUUGUUUCAAUUGAAGAGACUGUACCUCCAGAAGAGGUUACACUAGAUGUGACCUCAUUUGCAGAAACACCUGUGAGACAAGUAAUUGAAACUCCCAUUGUCUCCAUCACAUCAGUAAAACCAACUGUAGCUGAAGUGGCAAAGACACCAGACACUGCUAUGAUUUCAGUGACAGUGGCAGAAGCUGUAUCUCCUGUAGUAGUUACAUCAGCUGGAACUCCAAUAGCAUCAGAAACAGUUAUGAUCCCAGAAGUAAAAACCUCAGUAGUAACUUCAGCUGCUGAGACAUCACUUGUGACACCAGUGGAAGAAACACCAGCUCAGAUUUCAGUAAUUGCAACACAUGCAGCACCUCCAGUUACACCAGCAGCAACUGCAGCAUCAGAAACAUCAGCUGUGAUCCCAGCUGUAGAAACUGCUGUUGUUACAGUUCCAGUUGCAGUGGUUGAGACACCAGUUGUGACCCAAGUAGUACAGACACCAGGUCAGGUUUCAGUGAUGGUAACAGAGACUGUCCCUCCGGUAGUUGUUUCAGAAGAGACUGCAGCAAUAGAAACACCUGUUGAGUUCCCAGUAUUACAAACUCCUGUUGUAAAUUCAGCUUCAGCUGCAGUGGUUGAGACACCAGUUGUGACCCCAGUGGUACAGACACCAGGUAAGGUUUCAGUGAUGGUAACAGAGCCUGCACCUCCAGUAGUUGUAUCAGUGGUGACUGCAGCAGUAGAGGCACCUGUUGUAAUGCCAGUAGUAGAAACUCCUGUUGUAAAGUCAACUCCAGUUGCAGUGGUUAAGACACCAGUUGUGACCCCAGUGGUACAGACACCAGGUCAGGUUUCAGAGAUGGUAACAGAGACUGCACCUCCAGUAUUUGUUUCAGCAGUGGGUGCAACAGUAGAAACACCUGUUAUGAUCCCAGUAGUAGAAGCGCCAGUUGUAAAGUCAACUGCAGUUGCAGUGGUUGAGACACCAGCUGUGACCCCAAUGGUACAGACACCAGGUCAGGUUUCAGAGAUAGUAACAGAGACUGCACCUCCAGUAGUUGUUUCAGCAGUGGGUGCAACAGUAGAAACACCUGUUAUGAUCCCAGUAGUAGAAGCGCCAGUUGUAAAGUCAACUGCAGUUGCAGUGGUUGAGACACCAGCUGUGACCCCAAUGGUACAGACACCAGGUCAGGUUUCAGAGAUAGUAACAGAGACUGCACCUCCAGUAGUUGUUUCAGCAGUGGGUGCAACAGUAGAAACACCUGUUAUGAUCCCAGUAGUAGAAGCGCCAGUUGUAAAGUCAACUGCAGUUGCAGUGGUUGAGACACCAGCUGUGACCCCAAUGGUACAGACACCAGGUCAGGUUUCAGAGAUAGUAACAGAGACUGCACCUCCAGUAGUUGUUUCAGCAGUGGGUGCAACAGUAGAAACACCUGUUAUGAUCCCAGUAGUAGAAGCGCCAGUUGUAAAGUCAACUGCAGUUGCAGUGGUUGAGACACCAGUUGUGACCCCAGUGGCACAGACACCAGGUCAGGUUUCAGAGAUGGUAACAGACACUACACCUCCAGUAGUUGUUUCAGCAGUAACUGCAACAGUAGAAACACCUGUUAUGAUCCCAGUAGUAGAAGCGCCAGUUGUAAAGUCAACUGCAGUUGCAGUGGUUGAGACACCAGCUGUGACCCCAAUGGUACAGACACCAGGUCAGGUUUCAGAGAUAGUAACAGAGACUGCACCUCCAGUAGUUGUUUCAGCAGUGGGUGCAACAGUAGAAACACCUGUUAUGAUCCCAGUAGUAGAAAGUCCAGUAGUAAAGCCAGCUCCAGUUGCAGUGGUUGAGACACCAGUUUUGACUCCAGUGGCACAGACACCAUGUCAGGUUUUAGUGGCAGUACCAGAAGCUACUCCUCCAAUAGUUGUUUCAGCAGUGACUGCAGCAGCAGAAACACCUGUUGUGAUCCCAGUAGUGGAAACUCCAACUCCAGUUGUAGAGGCAGAGACACCAGUUGUAACGCCAGUGAUGAUGACACCAACUGUGACUCCAGUAGCGGAAAGGUCAGUUGUGAGCCUAGUACUAGAAACUACCACAGAAGCACCAACUGCAAUUGCAAUGGCAGAGAGACCUGUUAUGAUCCCAGUGGUACAGACACCAGCUCUAGUUUCAGUGAUUGCAAAAGAGGCUGCACCUCCAGUAGUUCUACCAGCAAUGACUGCAGGAGUAGAAGUAAAGCCACCAGUGGUAGAGACACCAUUUUCAUUACCAGAAGUGCCUGCUGCAAUCCCAGCAGUACAAACACCAGUUACAGAGCAGGUAGCACAGACACCGACGACACCAGCCAUGCUCUUGGUAAAGGCAACAUCAGUUGUAACUGGGAUGGAGGCACCCACUGUGACUACAUUAGAAAAGGCACGGCAGAAGACACCAGUAGCAGAGACACCUACUUUAUCCCCUGUGAUGAUGGCACCAGCUAUUGCCGCAGUUGUAGUAGCAACAGCGCCACCUGUUGCUACACCAGAAGUAAAGAAAGCAAUGUUGCAGGUAGUUGAACAGGAGAAAAAGGAAGCAAAGUCAGAGGCUUCAGUUGUGUCUAAAGAUGUUCAACCACCAUUUGUGGCUGCGAAAGAGGUAAAGACAUCAGUUUUAACUCAAGAGUGUAUAUCAGAUGAAGAAAAUGGGAAGGCUUCCUUGCGGCAUACUUCAACAGAACCUCAGUCAGAGGUAGAGGAGGAUGUGUGGGAGGAUGCUGUAGAUAAUAUUGGAGAUUCCCCAUGUCAGGUGACACACACAGAGGAUGCACCCCAAGAUACUGCUGCUAAACAAACAUCUGAUGCUGCAAUUUGAUAGUGGCAUGCUAAACCAGAUGAAAGAUUUGAAUGAGUUGGUGCAAGUUUAACAAGGAAAAUUCAGAACAUUUUACACCUGGAAGAGGCUGUGCUCAGCACAUAAUCAGCUGGGAUUCACAUUUCUGACAACAAAGAAAUGACCAAACCACUGAGAAGUAAAAUUGCAUCAUUAAAGUUCCCUUAAGCAAAAGUGAAACCAAAAACAGUAGUUAUUCAGUGGAGUGGCUGUUUUUUGAUCAUUAACAACAUUUUUACAUUUUACUUUGAUGCAGAAAAUAUUUCAACAUAUAAAACCCUUCAAAAGCAGCUAUUUUGUCAUAUUUUUACUGAGGAUUUUUGUCAAUGAAUUUUUUUUAUCAUUAUUCAGACAUUAGCAUAAGCUUAUGCCACAUUAUAUCAUGCUGUUACAUAUCUAACAAAAACAAAAAACAAACAUUUGUACACAUGCAUUAUAUCUUGACCAUUUGGCAUAUUUAGCAUAAGAAAAUUAUUGUCAUUGUAGAAUGUGCAAUUCCUGGUAUUUAAAGAUAUUUACUAAAUCAAGGUUAAUUUCAUUUUGAACCAUCAUAUACCUCUUGAUAUGCAUCUAGGAUACAUUUAUUUUAUACUCUAAAUACGAUGUACAUUUUACCAAAGCUGUAAUGAGCAAAUCACAAUCAUGCUCUAUCAAAGAGAGAUUUAGACAGUAUUCAGUCAGAUAUAGUCAAUGACUGAAAAUGACAGAUUGUUUAAUUUGUUUUACAAAGAACAGUCAAAAUCUUAUCAAACUCAUUAUUUAUUUUUGUUGCCAUGUCAUUGUUAUGAAUAUUUUUAUUUGUAAUUUACAAUUUUAAUUUACAGAAACACCCAAUCUUAGAAAAUAUUUGUGGCUAUAUUUUUGGCAUGAAAAUUGAAGCAUGCAAUCUAAUGUUGCAACUACUGACUUUUCCCCAUGUAAGUUUUUUUUUUUUCCCCAGAGAAGCACUUAACAUAUAUAAAUGUUCCAUGAGUAUCAAAUGAGUAUCAAAACACUCUGUACUGCAUAUGAUCAUUACACAGUUGAGCAUUUUUAAUAUUGUACAACCUGCCUUGCCUGUAUUACGGAGGUUUGCGGCUGGCCUGAUACAAUAAGCCAUGACAUGAUUGAAAACAAAUUUUUUACUUAUUCUAAUAUAUUGCUAAGUGUCCGAAACCACAUGUACAGACUGUUUGAUUAUACAGACUAUGCAUCUUUGAAGAAAUUGCAAUAUUAACAAUCAACUAAAUACAAGAGUGUAUUGUUAUUCCUGGAUUUUGCGACAUUUGAAAAUGUAUGGUUUAAUACAAAUGAUCAUUUUAAGUU